AUGAAUUGCCGUUUAAAGGGUAAAGCGAGGUCUGAUGACGGGUAUUCCCUUUCCCCCUCUAGGCUGUCCGAGCUCUCUUCGGACCCGAUCCUGCCUUAUGUACGGCAUCAUGUCAUAGGAAUUACCAUAAUCUCAUCCUCUUUCCAGGACGACCCGCAAGGCACAACCUAUUGGGCAUUUCAAAUAUGCGCAAGUACUCCCCUCGCUGUUACCCAGCAUACACAUGCCUCCUCAUUCUUCUCCCCCUCACGGUACAUAAAGCCUGGCUUACAUAUCAAGCGCAAACUAUGUUGUGGCCACGGCGAACAAGGUCCCGUCCCAGGUGGAACUGAGAGAAAGAUCCCGUAUCCUAUGGAUUGGUGCGAGGCUGGGCUGGGAAACAUCCUCUGCUGCAUGCCCGCCACACCAAAAGGCCAAUAUCUACUUGACGGCGCACAGGCGCAUUACUUGCAGGUCGAUAGCAUGGAUAUAUCCCAGGAUACGAAUACAUGUAUGCAGCCGGGCGUGGGCGGAUGGAAAUAUUGUGCCAAGCAAGGUUCGAGUUGGUGA